AUUUGGUUAAAAGCAAUUUAUUUUUAAAGAAAAUGUCUCCUCUGAAGAUAUAUGGUCCUAUCAGAAUUCGAAGUAUGCAGACUGGAAUUACAAAAUGGAAAGAAGGAUCCUUUGAAAUUGUGGAAAAAGACAAUAAAGUCAGCCUUGUAGUUCACUACAACACUGGAGGAAUUCCAAGAGUAUUUCAGUUAAGUCAUAACAUUAAAAAUGUGGUACUACGACCCAGUGGAACAAAACAAAGUCGCCUCAUGUUGACUUUACAAGAUAACAGCUUCUUGUCUAUUGACAAAGUACCAAGUAAGGAUGCAGAGGAAAUGAGGUUGUUCCUAGAUGCAGUCCAUCAAAACAGGCUUCAUGCAGCUAUGAAACCUUCUCAAGGUUCUGGUAGUUUUGGAACUAUUCUGGGCAGCAGGACCUCUCAGAAGGAAACUAACAGACAGCUUUCUUACUCAGACAAUCAGGCCUCUUCAAAAAGAGGAAGUUUAGAAACUAAAGAUGAAAUUCCAUUUCGUAAAGUUCUUGGCAGUCCUGGUAGAGGACCAAUUAAGACUGUAACCGGAAGUGGAAUGGCUGUUACCCGGACUAUUCCUUCUUUGACACUGACAUCAACACCCCUUAGAUCAGGAUUAUUAGAAAACCGCACUGAAAAGAGGAAAAGAAUGCUGUCUGGUUCAGAGCUGACUGAAGAUUAUCCUAAGGAAAACGAUUCAUCAUCGAACAACAAAGCUAUGACAGACCCUUCAAGAAAAUAUUUAACCAGCAGUAGAGAAAAGCAGCUGAGUUUGAAACAGGCAGAAGAAAAUCGAACAUCAGGGCUUUUACCUCUACAGUCAUCCUCGUUCUAUGGGAGCAGAGCUGGGUCAAAGGACUACUCUUCUGGUGGCACUAACCUGGACAGGUGUAAUGUUUCAAGCCAGACUCCUUCUGCCAAAAGAAGCCUGGGGUUUCUUCCUCAGCCGACUCCUCUAUCUGUUAAAAAGCUGAGGUGUAACCAGGACUACGCAGGCUGGAACAAACCUAGAGUGGCCCUUUCCUCCCAUCCACAGCAGCUGCAGGGAUUCUCCAAUUUGGGAAAUACAUGCUAUAUGAAUGCUAUCUUACAAUCUCUAUUUUCACUCCAGUCAUUUGCAAAUGAUUUGCUUAAACAAAGUAUCCCAUGGAAGAAAAUUCCACUCAAUGCACUUAUCAGACGCUUUGCAAACCUGCUUAUUAAAAAAGAUAUUUCUAAUUCAGAGACCAAAAAAGAACUACUUAAGAAGGUUAAAAAUGCUAUUUCAGCUACUGCAGAGAGAUUCUCUGGCUAUGUCCAAAAUGAUGCUCAUGAAUUUUUAAGUCAGUGCUUAGAUCAGCUGAAGGAGGAUAUGGAAAAACUAAAUAAAACUUGGAAGACAGAACCUGUCCUUGGAGAAGAAAAUUCACCAGAUACAUCAGCUACCAAAGUGUUCACUUGCCCUGUUAUUACAAACUUGGAGUUUGAGGUUCAGCACUCCAUUAUCUGCAAAGCAUGUGGAGAAACUAUUCCCAAAAGAGAACAGUUUAAUGAUCUCUCCAUUGACCUUCCUCGGAGGAAAAAACCACUCCCUCCUCGUUCAAUUCAAGAUUCUCUUGAUCUUUUCUUUAGGGCAGAAGAACUUGAAUACUCCUGUGAAAAGUGUGGUGGAAAGUGUGCUCUUGUCAGGCACAAAUUUAACAGGCUGCCCAGGGUCCUCAUUCUUCAUUUGAAACGAUACAGCUUCAAUGUGGCUCUCUCGCUUAACAACAAGAUAGGACAACAAGUCAUCAUUCCAAGAUACCUGACCCUGUCAUCUCACUGCACUGAAAAUACAAAACCACCUUUUACUCUUGGGUGGAGUGCACAUAUGGCAGUUUCUAGACCAUUGAGAGCCUGUCAAAUGGUGAAUUCCUGCAUCACCAGCCCUUCUGCACCUUCAAAGAAAUUCCCCUUCAGAUCCAAGAGCUCCUUGACAUCAGGCCUGGAUUCUGACAGUGAGGACGAACUUAAACGCUCUGUGGCCCUCAGUCAGAGACUUAGUGAUUUGCCAGGCAGUGAACAGUAUCAGGAAGAUGUGGAAAAAGAUUUGAAAUUGUGCAGAUUAGAGCCUGGGAAGUCUGAACUGGAGAACUCAGGAUUUGACAGAAUGAGUGAGGAAGAGGUGCUGGCCGCUGUGUUAGAGAUAAGCAGGAGAGAAGCUUCGCCGGUGCUCAGCCCUGACGACGACGAUAAGCCAACCAGCAGUCCGGACACGGGGUUUGCAGAAGAUGAUAUUCCAGAAAUGCCUGAAAAUGCAGAUGCUAUGGAAAUUGAGAAACCCAAAACAAUCUCUGAGCCAGGUCCUGCUAGUUUUACUGAGAUAACAAAAGACUGUGAUGAGAAUAAAGAAAACAAAACUCCAGAAGGCUCUCAGGGAGAGGUUGAUUGGCUCCAACAGUAUGACAUUGAGCGGGAAAGAGAAGAGCAGGAGCUGCAGCAAGCACUGGCUCAGAGCCUGCAAGAACAAGAGGCCUGGGAACAAAAAGAAGAUGAUGACCUCAAAAGGGCUACAGAGUUAAGUCUUCAAGAGUUUAACAACUCUUUUCUGGAUUCCCUGGGCUCAGAUGAGGACUCUGGAAAUGAGGAUGUCUUUGAUAUGGAGUACACAGAAGCUGAAGCCGAGGAGCUGAAAAGAAAUGCUGAGACAGGAAAUCUUCCCCAUUCCUAUCGGCUCAUCAGUGUUGUCAGUCACAUUGGGAGUACCUCUUCCUCAGGUCAUUACAUUAGUGAUGUAUAUGACAUUAAGAAACAGGCAUGGUUCACUUACAAUGACCUGGAGGUCUCUAAAAUCCAAGAGGCUGCCGUGCAGAGUGAUCGAGAUCGCAGUGGCUAUAUCUUCUUCUAUAUGCACAAGGAGAUCUUUGAUGAGUUGCUGGAAACAGAAAAAAACUCUCAGGCGCUUAACAUGGAGGUGGGGAGAGCUGCCCGUCAGGCCUCGUGAGGAGAGCUCGGGCAGCAAGAGCUGCACGUCUGUCACUGCCACCCUCCUCACCGUCCUCUGCCCGAAGAGAAUUGGGAAUUCUACUUGAUGCAGGAGCAACAGCAGCUCAGGGCCAAACCAAAAGAAACUUCAGUCAUGUGCAAUGCUCCAUGCUGUUUAUGGAAACCUUGGUCUCAUCUAUAGCUGAUGAUCCUUUUUCUCAUACGAGAGUGCCGCUUCCUUUUGUCUUCGGAGUGACUCCAUGCUGUAAAUAUAUGUCCAUACCCACACACAUAGAGCGAAUGAGUGGAGUCUUAAAGAGCUAGGAGGAGCACCAGAAGUAGUGGGCCUGCUCACAGUGGAUGUGCAGCUGUUUGCCAGAGAAAUCAGUGUCCAAGCACAUUCAUCUGGGGAGGUGUGAUGAUGCACGUAGCGCUUGGCUUUUGGGGGUUUUGUUUUGUUUGUUUGCUUGUUUUG